AUGAAAACCGACCUGGAGCUGGCCUUGGAGUGUGCCAUCAACAUCUACCACCAGUAUGCCAUCAAGAACCCCAUGGAUGACUACCUGAGCAAGACCGAGUUCUCGGAGCUGCUGAAGGAGAACGCCAAGCCCUUCCUCCACAACACCCUCCCACCCAACACAGGCGUUGAUGACUACAUCAACCAGCUCUUCACCAAGGCCGACGGCAACCGCGACGGGCGCCUGAAGUUCACCGAGUUCCUCACCACCCUGAAUGGGAUUGUCAUCGAUGCUCACAACAGGUCCCACCAGCAUGGCCAUGACCAUGGCCAUGACCACGGCCAUGACCAUGGCCACGACCAUGGCCACGACCACGGCCACGACCACAGCCACGGCCCCUGA